CAGUCAACUCCCAAAGUUCUGCAACCGUUAACUCACCCUACCGUUAACCCUGACUUUGCCUCAAUGACCAUACACGGUACAGGAACAUUGAAUACUGGAUAGCAACCACGUGGCAUCAAGUACCUUACCAGUGACACGAGCUGGUAUUCUGCCGACUGCUGAUAUCAAUAACUGUCAUCAGCAUUGAGGACAGAGACAUGUUAAAAACUCGUGCUGCAGAUCUUAAAGAAGAGGGUAAUAGAUACUUCAAGGCCCGGCAGUUUGCUCAGGCCGUAAAACUCUACAAACAGGCUGAAGAGUUUGAAUCCGAUAACCCAGUCUAUCCGUCCAACCUGAGCGCAGCCUUGUACGAAAUGGGAGACUAUGCCGCAUCCUGCCAGGCGAUCUUACGAUCUGCAAAAUUACUCUCUGAAAGCCCCAACCCGCCAUUGGCUGCAAAACUCUCUUUGAGGCUACCCAAGACACUAACGUACGGCUUUCGGAACAGUACCGUCUUGCCGAAAGACUAUUAUUAUCACGAACGGUCCAUAGAACAACUCAAGCCGCCUGUUGGUGUUUCCGAAGAAGCUUGGGAGGAAUGGGAACGCACUAUCGAUGAAUUUGACACUGUUGUGAAGCAUGCCAGUACUGCAAGAAUGAAUUUUGUUUCUCUAUCAAUGGCUAGAAAAGCGGCCCGUUCAGACCUGGAGUAUUUCACAAUUGGUCAUGACGAUGUCAUGUCAAUCAUUUCCGACUGGGGAUUAGAGAAUAAAGGCAAUACAUUUGAUCUUCGCAAGGUCUCGGCGGAGCGUCUUUCACAGCUGUCUUUUAUUUGGGGUGGAGGUGGCGACGGUCGCCAUAUCUUCGGGUCUAUCAUAGGUCUCAAUCAGACUUAUCUGGAACUGGCUCCGGAAAAACGUGAAGCCUCCAGAAUUCAUUUUACUCUCCUUGACAUACAUCCCACGACUAUUGCUCGGAACAUGUGUCUUUUUAUGAUGAUCAACGAACUGAUAGUGAUGCAGCUAUGCAAGCGCACUGAUGGUAUCGAGAAGGCAGAAAUCAAGGCAACCAUUUUCUAUGUCUGGAUGGGAGUUGCUCUACCAUCCUAUUGCCAUGUUAGAUUUAUGAACAUCGUUAAAUCCCUCCUGAGAAACUUGCAGACGCCAUCAUACCAGCUUCCUCAUUGGCUACAUGUUACCAAAGAUUCGAUUCCAGGAAUUGUUACCUCCCUGAGAUAUUGGGAUACACAGUUAUCCCAGCGGACAGUGCAAGAAAUGCUUCACCGUCACCGCCAGUUCGAGAAUAGCCCCAUCAGUCUCCCCAACUUGAACUUACAGGAUAUCAAAGCCGAGAUCGAUACUAUGACUGACGACGAAAUAAUCGACUUCGGUCAUGUGCAAAUGCAGAUGUCUCCUCCUUCCGAGAAAGAAGCACGACAGGAAUGGCUGAUGGGAAUACGCAUCAUGAUGUUCCGAAUGUUGGCCUCUGGGAAUGAGGGACGCCGUUCUUCCCAAUUCUCCACAGAAGAGGCGUGGUAUGGUAUUACUCAGUGUUUCCUUCCGCCCAAAGUUUUGAGGUCCCGUCAUGAGUCGUUCGACAAGCUCUGGGCUAGUAUAUCCCAAUCGCCCUCGCAGGCUUUGAAGAAACAGGCGCUAGAUCACAUUGAAGGAACCUGGAAACCGAACCCAUCGCUUUUUGACGGUGUCCAGGAAGUCAAGUUCGACUACCCGUCAGUCGAGUUCAAUGCGUUUGAGAUGGUUGAACGUAUCACGCAAUUCAAUUCUCGUAUGGGAUUAUUAAAAGAAAGAAAAAUGGACGAAGAUUGCCCAGCCUACUCGGUCUUUGAGAUCUUCUUUGAUGCCGUGGUCGAUGGCCUAGUAAAUCUCAAAGAUCAUAUCAAGAUAGAACUCCUCCAGGGUGACAUCUCCCAGGAGCUAAUGAAGAUGGCUCAUGGUAUUGAUAACCGUCCGCCUGAUUUCCCGCGGAUGUUCACUCGAAUGUGGCUGAGCAACGUCCCCGAUUACACUCAUGGCCCUAUGAACAUGGCUGUGUUCGCCAUACCCAAUCUAGAAUCUGAGCCUGAUGCCUCGGUUGCGGCCAAUUGUCUACUGAACCCUAGCCUUUGGAAAGACAGCGGUGACAAUUUAAUCUACAAGUGCGUGGUCUAUGCUUUGCUGACAGGAAACGAACUCGCUCGCUUCCUUGGCUGCCAUAUUGUGGCGAGUAGCCCUUGGGACGUCAUUGAAUUCUCGGCCAAACCACUCCCUCGUCCUUUGUCUACACUUGCUACCCGUGAGGAGCUCAUCAUAUGGUUGACACGCGUCUUCAUCACUACGAUUCUCCCACCCGAACCCCCGAACCCUCGCACGGAACUUCUGUGCCGUGUCCGAUACCCGAACAACCUUGUGGCCUUCUUUGGGCUCCUUAUGCGACUUCCCGCGAUUGGAUACCCCCCGCAUUGGAUAUCCGAAUAUCUCAACACACUACUCGCUGACAAUCUGGUAACUGAUCUAGUUCCCUACCGAGGAAAAUUCCCCAUCUCUAUCUCUGAACCGGCACGACGCGCUUCAUGUCGGAGAGUUAACUUGAACCCUUGGCUUGCCGAGUGCGAGACAAUAACAGCAUUAAGCUAUGAAGCACUACCAUUUCCCGUAUCCCUGCGUCUACGUCGAGAUGAUAUCAACACCUAUGAAGCACCUCUUUCCAUUAAGGACUUUGGUCCUUCGACCUUGAUGGAAAAAUAUGGAAACUACGACCCGGUAUUCAGCCUCGUCUUCUAUAAACGUGGUACAUCGAUUGAAAGCAUGGUCCAACAUAUGUCCCAAGAUACGAUGGUAAACAUCUUCGAAAAGGGACACGGGAAAGGCGAAAUGUAUGUGCUGUCAGUUCUGGAACAAUUUGGUAUUACGAAAGGAGGUGUCAGAUGGAAAAUGGGGAGAGAGAGAGUAGCGAAGAUGAAGGAAGAAAAGUGGGCUUUCGUUGCUUAUAGAUUAGACUGCCACGAAAUCAGUUCCACGAUUACGGCCGACAGAUGGUUAGAAGUUGCGCAAAUUCGGUAGAGCUCCCAUGAACGGUCCUACGAUUUAUGCAAAUCAUACUUUACCAUAGUUUUUAUUCGUAGUCCACAUGUUUAAAAUGAAAAUGGGCUUAUAUCUG